AUUAGAUAAAUUGACAAUUAAUCAAUGAUGUAAAAAUGUGAAAUGUGGUCAAUGUGGAAACUGGAAAGGAAUGUCGUUACUCGUUACCCGUCUGUCGUUACUCAUGUCUCGUGUCCCGUUUACUACUUUACUCAUUACUCUUAACUCGUAAAACGUUACGUAAGUACUGUCUGACACUGACCACUCGGAGAUCACAUUAUGACGAGUUGACGCUGAUCCAAUCUAAAAUAUAUUGAACUUACCUGUUCAGUAAUGUUGAAUAUAGUCGGCGUGAGACACUCGUGAUGAUAAUCGGUUUAAGUGCUGUGACACUGAAUUUCGUUAAAAAUAAAUAAAUAUUAUGUAAACCUUUUUGUGUUAGAUCGAUUUAAUUGUUUAUGUGAAUAAGUUUAUGUGAUGAUUAACCCCGACGAAUAUUAAUUAUAGUAUUGUUGAAGGCUUUCUAAUCAACGUUUUAGCCUGCCGAUAGAUAAAUGUAAAAUGUCUGUCUUUCCACAAGUUGAGGGUUAUCAAAUAAUUAAAAAUAUUGGAAAAGGAAGCACUUCGACUGUGUAUCUAGCUCACGUAAAGGGAAAAAUCAAAAAUAUGGUUGCAAUAAAAGUUAUAGAACGCAGUAAAUUGUCUAAGAGUGCUGAGGACGCUGUAGUAACUGAAAUAGGGGUGAUGAAAAAAUUUAAACAUAAACACAUUGUUCAAAUGAUUGACUUCAUAUGGGAUCGUAAAAAUAUUUACAUUAUAUUGGAGCAUUGUGAUGGUGGUGAUUUGUCAACAUUUAUUCAACAACGCAAAAAACUAUCUGAAAAAAUAUGCCGUAAAUUCAUGCAACAAUUAGCCUUGGCUUUGCAGUUCCUAAGAUCUCAUAAUGUUUGUCAUCUUGAUCUCAAACCACAAAAUCUACUCUUAAUGAGGUCACCACAACUAACUCUGAAGGUUGGAGAUUUUGGCUUAGCAAAUUUUAUGAGUGAAAAAACUCAAAUGGAAAAUAUUCGUGGUUCACCUCUAUAUAUGGCUCCUGAAAUGUUACUACUCAACCGAUAUGAUGUUAAAGCGGAUCUAUGGUCAGUUGGAGUGAUUGCUUAUGAAUGUAUAUAUGGACAUGCUCCGUACGCUUCAGAUUCUAUAAAAGACUUAUGUGAGAAGGUUAAAAGAGUACCAAUAGAAAUACCACCUAAUCAAGUCAGUCCAGAGUGUAGAGAUUUAUUAUUAGGUCUACUCAAACACAAUCCAUCUGAGCGUAUGAGUUAUCACCAGUUUUUUAAACAUCCAUUUGUAGACUUAGAUCAUAUGCCUUCUACCGAAUCAUAUGCUAAAGGACUUGAAGCUAUUCACCAGGCAGUAAAACUAGAUUCUGAAAAGCAAUAUAAAGCUGCAUUUAGUAAAUAUUGCACAGGUCUGCAGUAUUUAAUUCCUUGUUGUAAAAACGAACCUGAUAAAAUUAAAAAAGAAGCAUUUCAAAUCAAACUGAAUGAGUACACUAAGCGUGCUGAAGAAUUGAAAGCCACUUUAUAUGUUUCAAAGAUCAAAAUUAGUAGUGAAGAAAAAGCAGAAAAUUCUUCAAUAUCAUAUGAUGAUGACCAUUAUCCGACAUUAACAUCGUUAUGUCAAAACACACCUCAAUUAGCUAAUGCUGUAGAAAUUGCACUAUCUGGUCAAAUGUAUCUGGUUGAAGGACAAUAUGAAGCAGCUGUCGAGAAGUAUAAAAUUGGUUUGAAUUUGUUGGAAAAGCUUUUGGAAAAAGAACCUCCGGGCAUUCGUUAUAAUUUACUUAUCAAACAGGUGAGUGAUUGGACAAGUCAGUGUGAAAAUGCUAGGUCAUUAUUACAAUCCAAGGAAGACAAAGUCAAUGAUCAACCCGUUGAUGUUCCAGAUGGAUUUUCACCAAUAUCCAGAGGUAAAAUAGAUAAGAAGUCUCCAAAAUUGUUCCGUGUAGUUAGCAGACUAGUUCUGAGAACAAAUAAUAAAAAUAGCUCAUCUCCUGAAAAAAAAUAGAAUCUCACUAUCUAUAUUAGUUUUUUAUAAACUAUUAUUUAGCUUUUUCAUUGAAUAAUGUCUUAUGCUAUAUUUUCAGGUAAUUGCCUGUUAAUGAGUUGCACAUGUUUGAUUUUAUGUGUUGGCAUUGUUAGUAUGUCAAACUUGAAUUUAUUUUAGUUAAGUUAAAUUUAAUUAAUAUUAUCUGUGAAUUAAGAGGGUACAACAGUAACAAUUUUAAAGAUGUUUGGUGUAUGAAUUGUUUUUUUCAUAAUAUUUUGUGAAAUUCAAUUUGAAGAAUUAAAUUAUAUUUCAACAUUUAAUGAAAGUUAUUGAUAGUUUCCAUAACAGUAUAACUUUUGAUUGCUGCAUAAUCACAUAAUUUUUACUACAUUUUUUGGUACUUUAAUAUAUAUGUUUCUGGUGAAUAGCCUCAUAUUUAUCCUAAUACAAGCAGUAAUAAAGUUAUAACUUAAAUGUUACCUAACCAUGAUGAUAAGUGAUUACAAUCAACAGACAACUGUUAAUUUGAAUAUCUUGUUAGAGUUUAGUUCAGGUGUACCUCAAGAUGGCUACCAAUCACCGCUACUUUUUCUCUAUUAAUAGUUUCAGUACCGUCUUUUUACAUUGUAAAGGCUUUUGCUUUAAUGACAAUAUUAAGCUAUGAUAAAUUUAAGCUUGUUGUCUUGUUAAAAUCCAUGUGUUACAUAUUAGAGACUACACACUUUUCAAUUAUACAUACAAAGGAUGAUAUUUCUGAUGAAUAUAAAUUCUAUGUCAUACAGAAACAAGUAACGAGUUGUGAUAUAGAUAAUAUAUUAUAUAGUUAUUAAAAAUGUUACUGUUGCAUUCUCUUAAGUUUGAGAUCUGUAUAAUAAUAUUUUGAAUUUCUAUCAAAAAGACUGAUAAUCAUGUUAAAUUGUGAAAAUGUAAAUGAUUGAUGUGAAUGUUAUUUAAUAUUUUACAAAUGUGUCAAUGUAUGUAAUUUUUAUAAUGUAUUAUUUGUUUUAAAAAUGUUAUGUUUUGUAAUUUGUUAUAGUUGUUAUAUUCUAUUUGAAAUGUUAAUUGCAUGUAUUAUGUGAUUGGUAAAAAAAUAAAAUACAUAUUUUG